AUGUUUUUUCCUUUUGCUCAAGUUUUGGUCAGCUCUUAUCUUUUCAGCGCUGUUCUUACAUCCUUGCUUUUCUACAAGAUUAUCGUCACCAUCCACAGCGUCUAUUUCGGUCCUCUAAGCAGGUUCCCCGGGCCGAAGCUACGCGCAUGCUCUAACAUCUUUGAAAUCUACUCGACGAUCACCGGAAAUGACAAUAUUGAUCGUCCAGCCCUCCAUAGAAAGCAUGGUCCCAUUGUCAGGGUUGGGCCACGUACCCUCUCUUUUGCCGGAGGAGACGGGGUAUGGAAAGACAUUCACGGUUUCAACGCUACAAAGGCAGGCGGAAUUGUCAAAGAAUCGCUAUUCUACUCGAAAGUAUUCGGCUUUGCAGAUGUCAGCAACCUCAUCACAGCACGAGAACACGCCAAUCAUGCCCGGCAGCGAAAAGUACUCGCACGAUCUUUCAGCAACACAGCCCUCAUGGAACAGCAGCCUAUCUUUUCCAGAUGGGCUGAGAUAUUCAAAGUCAAGUUGGCCGACAAGGCAAGUGUCGCCAAUCACGUUGAUCUUGUAAAAUACUACAAUUGCGCGGCCUUUGAUAUCAUGGGCGAUUUGACUUUCAACGAAGAUCUCAAUAUGCUCGCAGAGGGAGAAUGUUCGCCGUGGGUCGAGUCAAUUUUCGGCUCGGUCAAGGCCGCUACGUUUCUUCUGGCCUUCAAGAGGUACAGCCGAGUUACGAGGCUGCUUGCAGACACUUUUCUCAAAUACAACCCGACGGUGCAGGAAAAGCAACUUGAGAACUGGAAGUACUGUGCUGAGCGUGUCGACAGACGACUCCAGCGCACGCCUAAACACCCCGACUUGUGGUCUAGAAUCCUCGAAAAGAACGAAGAUUCCGAGAGUUUGACAAUGGAAGAGCAAUACGCCAACGCAUUCCUAUUCAUGACGGCAGGAACAGAAACCAUUGUGUCAGCGCUGUCUGCGACCACAUUCUACCUUCUUCGUAACCCACAAUGUUUAGAAAAGCUAACCCGAGAAAUUCGUUCAACAUUCUCGACAACUGAAGAUAUGUCACUUGAAACUUUAUUAAGCCUGAAGUAUCUGCAGGCUGUGAUACAAGAGGGAUCUUUGCUAACUUUGUUAAAGCUCCGACUGCAUCCUCCUCUACCAAUCGCAUUGCCGCGGGAGAUACCAAAGGGAGGCGCACAAAUCUGCGGAGAAUGGAUUCCCGAAGGGACUGUUGUUGGCAUCCACUAUCUAUCCAUACAUACUGAGGAGCAGUACUUUAAGAAACCCCUCGAGUUCCACCCGCAACGAUGGCUUCAGGAUCCAGAGUUUGAAAAGGAUCAUUUGGACAUGGCUAAGCCAUUCCUAAUGGGGCCAAUGAAUUGUAUAGGCAAACUUCUAGCAACUGUUUUGCUACAUUUCGAUGUAACAUUGAGCGACAAGUCACUUGAUUGGAACGCUCAGAAGGUUUUUACGCUUUGGCAAAAGGAGCCUCUUUCAUGUAAAUUAACACCAGCUAAGGCUGCAUCUUAG